ACCAGAUCGUGGGGGUCGAUUUGUAUAUAUACCGGGACAGGGGUUACCAUUAAGCAGAUCUAACCAGCUCUCUUAACUAAGCAACUUCAAAAAUGGCCUUCAAGUUUGUAGCCCUUGCCGCCCUCCUGGCCGUAGCUCAUGCCGGUGGACCGGCUGCAUACAGCAUCGCCACUGCACCCGCUGACUACGGUAGUGUCGGAUACACCCAAGAAUCCACCCACAAGGGUUACGCCGGUCAGAACGUCGUGUCUUCCUACAGCAAGGCAGUAGACUCCCCACACUCAUCCGUCCGUGUGAGCAACAGCCGUGUCACCAACGAUGCCCUAAUCAGCCAUCACGCCGUUGCCCCCGUCAGCUACGCCGCCCCAUCUCUAAGCUACGCUGCACACGCACCAGCUUACGGAUACGCCUCCGCCCCCGUCGUAGCCAAGGCCGCAUAUUCCCCAGCCACCGCCGUCUCUUACUCCACCAUCUCCAGCCCGCUCGUCGCUAAGGCUGCAUACGGCGCCCCAGCUCUAAGCUACGCUGCCCAUGCCGCCCCUGCCCUCAGCUACGCUACCCAUGCCGCCCCAGCUCUGAGCUACGCUGCUCAUGCCGCCCCUGCCCUCAGCUACGCUACCCAUGCCGCCCCUGCCCUCAGUUACGCUGCCCAUGGCGCCCCUGUCUUGGCCAAGGCCGCUUACGCCGCUCCAGCUUACGGAUACGCCCCUGGCGCUCCAAUUGCCCAUGCUACCUUCACCGGUCUUGGUGCUAACUACGCCUGGUAAUUUGUUUUUAUAUAAUCAUCAAGUCUACUACUACACGCUCUAGGAUGUACAUACUUGUCACCUAUUUAUAUUGAAAAUAAAUGUAUACUGAGUUUUUCGACUCUAUAA